AUGAAAUGUAAUCUUUGUGAUAUCAAUCUUAAAGUCGAUGAGAAGUCUAUGGAGUUAUUAGAACAUCUUAAAAUUGAUCAUAAGGACAUUUACGAUCUUCACAAGGACAACCCGGAGGCUACUGUAGGUUUCCGAAUCGAAUUCCUGCAUUUGAAUAUGUUAAAAGAUGAUGGAGACCCUAAGAAUGAGCCAGUGAUUCUUGGUGAAGUAUGUGAAACUACUACGGAGACAAUUGAACAGAAAGAUGUAGAAAUCUCAACAAAAACUGAUGAUACUACUUUGCCUUUUGUGUUACUUGACCGUAAAAAGAAACCGAGACGUGAGAGUACAGGGCCACGCAAGCGCAGCUGGGUGUGGAAGUACUUUGAUAAGCUGAGCAACAUUAUCUACCGUUGCAAAUUGUGUAAUGUAGUGCUCUCAAUCAAAGGUUGUAAUUCCAACAAUAUGAAUAGACAUGUCCGCUCCAGACAUCCUACGGUCUUCAAGAGUGAGGUAACGAAGAGACAGAAAGGAGAUACUAUUUUAGUAGACAGCGGUUAUGUGCUGACUAGCGAGACAAACACACCAUAUGCUAUUAAAACUGAAGAAAUUUAUGCCAGCGAUCGAGACUUUGAAGAAAUUAUUACUACAGAGAGCCCAACACAGAAGAUGCGUCGCAGCUGGAUCUGGUCGUAUUUCGAUCGCGUAUCGAGUACACAGGCACGCUGCAAGCUCUGCGACCGACACAUCUGUCAUGGCGGCAACGCUACCGGCAACAUGAACCGACAUCUCAAGAUGAUACACCACAAGACUGCCUGUGAUAUGCCUUGUGACCAGAGCUGGGUGUGGAAGGUGUUCGAAGCGAUCGACAACGACUUUUACAGCUGCAAAAUAUGUCAGUACAAGUGUCUGAAGUGUAGUGAUAUAGACAAGAGUAUGGCUGGUAUACUCAACCAUCUAAAGUUAGAACACGGUGUAGUUUCUGGUGACCAGAUCAUCACCGGAGCAGACGUAGAAACUGAAGAGACUUGCUGA